AGUCUAGUCCAUGUGUGGAAACUGAAGGGUGGAGCAAGACAUUCUUCAAGAAUUAGAAUUCAAAAUCAUCAUGGCUGCUGUCAACAAACGAGUGGUGUACGUGGGGGGUAUUGCUGAUGAAGUGGAUGAGAAAAUACUUCAGGCUGCAUUUAUUCCAUUCGGGGACAUCCUCGAUAUUUCCAUACCCCUCGACUUCUCCUCUCAGAAGCAUCGUGGUUUUGCAUUCGUAGAGUUUGAGUUGGUUGAAGAUGCCGCGGCUGCCAUCGACAACAUGAACGAGUCGGAGCUGUUUGGGCGAACUGUUCGAGUGGGUGUUGCCCGUCCGAAGCUGCUCAAAGAGGGGAGUUCCCGUCCUGUCUGGUCAGAGGACACUUGGAUCAAAGACAAUGUCGGCAAAACACUCGAGGAAGGAGGAGACAAUAACGACAAGAAGAGAAGUGCUGACGAGGCAGCUAUUGAAGGUGACGAAAGUGGACCUCCUGCAAAGAGAAAGCCCAACCCUCGUGUGUACAUGGACAUUCGUAUGGGUUCACAAGACGCUGGAAGAAUUGUCAUGGAACUUUUCGCUGAUAUUGUCCCUAAAACUGCCGAGAAUUUUCGCUGUUUAUGCACUGGAGAGAAAGGAUUCGGCUAUAAGGGAAGCCCAUUCCAUCGCAUUAUACCUCAGUUUAUGGUGCAGGGCGGAGAUUUCACACGGCAAAACGGAACUGGCGGGAAAUCAAUAUACGGCCUCAAAUUUAGUGACGAGAAUUUCUCCCUCAAACACACUGGAGCUGGACUGUUAUCCAUGGCUAAUUCUGGACCGAAUACAAAUGGAUCGCAAUUUUUCAUUUGCCUGGCAAAGACGGAAUGGUUGGACAACAAGCAUGUCGUAUUUGGUCAUGUGACUGAAGGGAUGAGCACUGUCCGAGAUUUGGAGAAAGUUGGGACUCAGUCGGGCAAGACAAGUAGACCUUGCGUAGUAGCUAACUGUGGGGAAUUAUAGUCACAUACUGUGUAUAUAGUUUCUCGAUCUCCUACAUAACAUAUACUAGAAUAAUUACUGUGUACAAUGUACUCUUGCUGUUUUCUUGUUCAUACGCUGCAUGUGCAUUAUUUCUGCUUAUAAUGAAACUCUCAUAAUUAUUGAAAAAUAUAUAAUUAUACAUGU